GGGUCUUGGGUGCUUUAUGAGAACCUCAGCCCUUCCCCUCCACAGGUACCCCCUGCUCUAGUGUGUACCUAAGCUCAUAAAUCCAUAUGGCACACGGCAGCACAAAUUCAAAAUCCUUUAUCCCAGAGGCAGGAAAGGCAGUGUUCCCAGUGUCCAACACAAUGCCUUUAUUUACCAAGGCAAGCCAAGCAAACCUCUUGGAUAAGUACCAACCCUUGUUGGUUUAGUAAGUGUUUAGUGUAAAGGUGUAGGCUGGCACAUGCAAGAACCCAGUUAACAACAGGGCCUGCUCCAUAGUAAGACUUGGCCUCCUGGAGUCACACAGUUAGGAAGCUGCAGCUCUCUGACUUUGGGCUCUCUGUGUGUGUCUGUAAUUUUGGAACUUCAGGGCAGAUUCCCAGCCCCAUCCCAGUGAAACUCUCUGGUAAGGUGAUUUCCCUCUAAAAUGAUGGCUUUGAGCUGGUCAGAUUAUUCAUUUAUAAUGUCAUUUGUUUAAGGGGAAAUCCAUCUAAUCUUUAACACAUACACAUUCAUUGCCUUUAUGUUUGGAAUCACUUUCCUUGUUAGUCGAUUUUGUCAUUACCACCUCAUCUCUCUUAUCCUUUUGACAAUACAUUUUGUAUCAGAGGCAUUGACAUCAGGUUUUAAAUUACUAUGUACUCAUUUUUAAGAAGAUCUAUAACAGUCUGUAACGUUGUUACAUCCCUUCUGGCUUAGUUAUUUUCUAUGUUGAAAGCAGUCUGAGUAGGGUCCCUUCAGAGAGAGUCUGUGAGCUGCGCUCUCAUGUGUUGUUGAAAGUUUGCAAUAAAUGGAAUUCAUCCAUUUUAGUGCCUAUGCCUCAACUGCAAAGGCCUUUUCCAGAACAGAGAGCUGUCUCACUGCUUAAAUAUCACAAAUCCUGCCUGCAGCAUCAGUUACCUUGUACCUACAAGCUCUUUCUGCAGCAGAACCCAGCUGAUGAUGACCAAAACUUCUUCUUGGAGCGUCUCCUGUAGUUUGGCUUGGCAAGAUUACUGUUCACCUGUCCUGGCAGGAGCCUGGUGGGAUCUCAGACAGUUCACCCUGCUGAGAAGGACACGUGCCUACAUCCCUGUGCAAGUCAGCAGGAACUGCAGAUCUGUGUCUGGAUAAUGCUGGCAGAGAGCCACUAAAGUUGUCUCCCCUUGUAUGUACCCAAAUAGGUAAAACUACUCUCUGGAUUUGGUCCCAUGGGAGCAAGCUGGCAGAACUGCAAAAGUAAACUUGGAUUUGCAGUAAAAAUUAGAGCUCUAAGUGUACAAGUCAACAAAAUGCCUUUGUUCCCUGUAGGCUUUACAGUGUCCAGGCUGGCAGAUUAGCACUGGGUGGUGGGCAAACCCAGCUAAAACUGAGCUAUAUCUACCCAAAUGGAGGCAACUGGGUUGGGGGCGUGGCAAAAUCAGAAUGAAACCAAAAAAUCCCACAUUCCUAUCUUGCAAGAGCAAUUGCAGGAGCAAUGUAGUUCAGAGGUAACAAGAUAACACUUCUGAAGUUCUAUCCAAGGCCACUGUGAAGUCCUGGCAGCAUGGAAUGACGUUGAGACUGUGGAGAAAUGCAUUUGUUUCAGAGUGGAGGAGAAACAUCCUGUUCGUUUGGUUGGUUUGCUUUUGCAGAGCUUACACAGACCUUUCCCAAGAUGGUUUCCUCAAAUGAAUAUGGGUCACACACCUGGGACCUCUUGCUGACAGUUGAUCAUCAACAUGAAGGUGUAGAUAAGGAAUUUCCACUACAGGUCACAGGGGAUCUUCAUGUUGGAGGACUGAUGCUGAAAUUAGUAGAAAAAAUCAAAAUAGCACAAGAUUGGUCAGACUAUGCUUUCUGGUGGGAACAAAAAAAAUGUUGGCUUCUGAAAACCCACUGGACACUGGAUAAAUGCGGGGUGCAGGCAGAUGCUAAGCUGAUCUUCACUACUCAGCACAAAAUGCUGCGGCUUCGCUUGCCAAACAUGAAGACUGUGAGACUGAAAGUCAGCUUCUCUUCCAUGGUGUUCAAAGCUGUCAGUGACAUCUGCAAAAUGCUCAAUAUCAGGCGGCCAGAAGAACUCUCAUUGUUGAAGCAAUCAGAAGGCACACUCAAAAAGAAAAAGAAAAAAGACAAGAACAGCAAAGAACCAGCUACAGAAGAUAUCUUAAACCUGUGCAACUCUCCAGUGAGUUCUGGAUUACCAGCCAAUUCAGGUUUGUACAGUAAGACCAUGACACCCAUUUAUGAUCCUGUCAGUGGCUCUCCAGCUUCCUCCACCAUGACCUGGUUCAGUGAUGGUUCCACAGCUGAGCAGAGCUGCAGCAUCCUGGCCCUCAGCCAAUCCCCCUGCUCCCCAGAGAUGCUGGCAGAGAUGUACCAGCCACGGACUUUGGCUGACAAAGCCAAGCUCAAUGCAGGCUGGCUGGAUUCAUCUCGAUCACUUAUGGAACAAGAUGUUCAGGAGGAAGAUCAACUUCUUCUACGCUUUAAAUAUUACACUUUCUUUGAUUUGAAUCCCAAAUACGACGCCGUGCGCAUCAACCAGAUCUACGAGCAGGCGCGCUGGGCCAUCCUGCUGGAGGAGAUCGACUGCACCGAGGAGGAGAUGCUCAUCUUCGCAGCACUGCAGUACCAUGUCAGCAAGUUAUCAUUAUCGUCAGAGACACAAGAUUCCACCUGUGAGUCAGAAGUGGAUGAAGUAGAAGCCGCCCUUUCCAAUCUGGAAGUGACACUGGAAGGUGGAAAUAAAAGCAACAUUUUGGAGGACAUCACAGACAUCCCGAAACUCGCUGAUAAUCUCAAGCUAGUUAGGCCCAAGAAGCUGGCACUCAAAGCUAUCAAGACAUACUGGUUUGUCUUCAGAGACACUUCAAUAUCUUAUUUUAAAAACAAGGAAUCUGCACAGGGAGAGCCUAUUGAGAAACUAAACCUGAAAGGAUGUGAAGUUGUACCAGAUGUAAAUGUUGCAGCGAAGAAGUUUGGAAUCAAGUUGCUAAUUCCUGUUGCGGAUGGCAUGAAUGAAGUAUAUUUAAGAUGUGAUAACGAGGAUCAGUACGCUCGGUGGAUGGCUGCCUGUGUUCUGGCCUCCAAGGGCAGAACGAUGGCCGACAGCUCCUACCAGCCCGAGGUGCAGAAGAUCCUUUCCUUCCUGCAGAUGAAGAACUGGACCAUGUGUUCCCAGGCUGCCUCUGAGCCAGAGAACGUGGAUAUGAAACCUGAAUGCUUCGUCUCUCCACGCUACACCAAAAAAUUCAAGUCCAAGCAGCUGACUGCCCGAAUUCUGGAAGCCCACCAAAACGUGUCCCAGAUGUCCCUGGUGGAGGCCAAGCUGCGUUUUAUCCAAGCCUGGCAGUCCCUGCCGGAGUUUGGUUUGUCCUACUACGUUGUGAGGUUUAAAGGAAGCAAGAAGGAUGAUGUGCUUGGGGUGUCCUACAACAGGCUGAUACGGAUAGACAUGGCCACAGGAGAUCCCAUCACCACGUGGAGGUUCUCCAACAUGAAGCAGUGGAAUGUGAACUGGGAAAUCCGCCAGGUCGCCAUUGAGUUUGACCAGAAUGUGUCCAUUGCUUUCACGUGCCUGAGUGCAGACUGCAAAAUCAUCCAUGAGUACAUUGGGGGCUACAUCUUCUUGUCAACACGUUCCAAGGACCACAAUGAAACGCUGGAUGAAGAACUCUUCCACAAAUUAACUGGAGGUCAGGAAUGAGAUGGAGUAAACUCUUCCCCCUGCCUGCUUCUUUUUAGCUAAGACUACCAGAGACUAAACAAAAAUAUCUCUGUUAGUUGCUGGCUACUAAUUGGUGUUUGUGUCAGUCUUGUACUGUGACUGGGAUGGUUUACAGCUUUUGUAAAAUACUGAAGUCAGUUUUGUUAAAUACUUAAGGUCACUGGAUGCAGUUUGGCAACUCCAUCAUCAAUCCUUGAGAAAAUUGAAUCAUCUUUGUUUUCCUUUUGUACAGUUCAAUGUUUUUAAACAAAUAGUGUCUAGCCACUGGACGGUUUUUUAACCUAGUACUUUUAAUUUCAGCUAUCUGUUUGGGUAUCCAGAACAAGUAACUUGAGGAUAUAGUACAGUGAAUUUUCUUCUCUGUUACAGCCAGGCAACUUCCAUUGUUAAACUGGCAAUUGUUAAAGAGCCCAGCAUUUAUCGGAACGAAGGCUGAAUAAAUAUGUGUUUUAAAGCUCCACAGUUUGUCUAACAUUUACCCUGAGAACACAGAGCAUUCCAAAGUCCUGCAGACAAAGCUAUUGGAACUCCUGUAGUGGUUACUCAGUUGCUCAAAAAUGUAGGACCCAUGCCCACCUUCAUCCACUGAAGUGGUUUGCUGAAAGCCACAGAGCGUUCAUCUUGGCAAUACUGCGUCCAGAAGGUUCAUCUUUUGAGGAACAUUGUUACUUACCUGGUUGGAAAAUGUGCUUUAGGAACUAGGUAAAACU